CGCCGCUAUCUAUGGCGACCAGGGCCGCGGCCUCGCUGUCGCCCAAUAGUAUGUCUUGUUCCCCCGCCCCUGGGGUGCCCUUUGCGCGCUUCCGCUGUGGCGUGUGGCGUGUGGCGUGUGGCGUGUCGGACAUCUUCCACCUUCAAUCCCUGCCUCUGAUCACCAUCAUCCGUCCGCACACUGCCCUUCCCGCCUUCCAUCGCAACCUCAACUCGUAACCCGUAACCCGUCCCCUGAUCGGUCCAUCUUGGAAUAUGGAGCCGUCCGUCUAUGCGCGUCAUCGUCAAGCCUCUUUACUGCGAGUCAGCAAGCCACGCUCUUCCUUCUUCUCCUUCUCCUCAUCAAAACUGACCAUUUUGUCU